AUGGAAGAUGCACUCGAGAACAUAUCCUGUGCCAUAGUAAAUGGAGGCAAUUUCGAGAAUGGCAGUGAUGUCGCUCCCGCUAUCUCUGAAGACUUCCUCGGUCCUCGGUAUCACAAGAGAGUUCGCAUCGUCAUCAUCAUCGUCAUGAUAGUGGCUUCCAUAGCCGGAAACACCAUCGUCUGCUGGAAGCUCGUCUUCAAGCGUCGCCACAGGCGCGUCUCUAAGGCGAGAGUGUUGUUCCUUAACCUGGCCAUUGCGGAUCUUCUGGUGGCUUGCGUCACCAUGACGUCACAAGUGGUGUGGGAAGUGAUGGGCCGCGUGUGGAUAGCUGGUGAUGCCUUCUGCCGCUUAUUCAAGUUUCUGCAGACUUUCGCGCUGGUCUCGUCCACUUACAUGCUAGUGACCAUUGCUGUAGACCGACACAUCGCUAUCGCCACACCACUGACGCCCAGCCCCGACCCUUGGAAGUUGGCCGCAGUGACGUGGCUCGCGUCAUGCAUGCCGUCGUUGCCGAACGUGUACGUGUUUCACAAUGUCGAAGUCGCGCCCGGAAAAUGCUUCUGCGCGUCUAUAUUCUACGACCGCGACACGCCUUUGUACCAUCGCCAGAUCUACAUGGGGUUUGUGUUCUUUAUGGUGUUUGUGGCGCCACUCAUGCUGCUGGUGACAUUCUACACGGGCAUUCUGUGGACUAUUUGGAAGCACAGUUCAAGAAGCGGCAAAAUGGGACAGCAGACCAGCUCAUCAUUGCCACGUGCAAAGGUAAAGACGCUGAAAAUGACGGCGGUGGUGUUCGGCGCGUUCCUCGUGACCAAUGUACCGUACAUGGUCCAGGAGGUCAUCUUAGCCUUUGGCAACCCUGGAAUUCUCGACGCCAAUGUGGUCGCUCUGUUUGGCGUUAUCUCCGCUUCCAACAGUGCCAUCAAUCCCUACAUCUUCCUUUACUUCGAGAAGAGACGGUGCCGUGGUGGUCGGAGUGGCCUUGGCGGACUGCUAAAACGAUUGCCCUGCAUGGGGAGUCGACCAGGUGGCACCGACAGGGGUGGCCAACAAAUGGUCAUGCUGUCAGUGCACUACUCAGGCAGACACUCGCGCACCAUGACCACCAUGAACUGUGAAUCUUGCUCAUGCUCGGAGAAGACUAAUUGCUGA